AGCACUUCCAUGGAUACCUCUAAUGUGUAGCCCUUUUCAUACUGAGAUUCAAGAUAAUUCCCCUGGCAACUGUUCCCGGAUCGUUAUAUUUUGGUUCAUUCGCACUGCCAGAGUUAUCCCGGAAACUGUGUAAAUUAGUGAACUGUGACCUAGGCUUGGUCAAAUUUCACUGUGAUAAAAGAACAAAUUAUAAACUAAACGGAUUUAUCUGCUGCAGUUCCCUGCUCUUUAUUAUCGAUACCUUUUCGAAAAUGGUUGCUUCAUGCUAUAAGGUUUUUUUUUUUUGGAGGCAGGUUUGAGGCAGUCUAUGCAAAGUUGUAAAAAGAGUGCAUUUUGAAUGACAAAUAUGCUAUAAAUGAAACGACACGAUGUGAUGUGGUUCAGUGAGAAGGCUGUGAUACGCUUAUGAGACUAAAAUCAGGACGGAAAUCAUGUUGACUAUUCUUCUGAUCACGUCAAUGAUUGGCCAUGGUCAGUCUUGGGACAGCUAUGGAACAAACUUCGUCACAGUAUUCCCAGAAAACAUAGCCUUCUACUACCCAGAUACUCCAGUCAAUGCUCUCAGUAUCACUGCUCUCUUUCCCGACACCAAGGUGGACAUCUUCAUCUCAGAGGUAUUGACAUACUCGGGCACACUGCCAGCAGGAAAGCCUGUAUCUGUGUUGAUGGAUAUUGAGGAAUACCACCUCGGUUCUACAUCUCAGACUGUCAGAGUCAGCAGCACAGAGCUCAUCGUGGUGCAGUCAAUCAGCAAGAAAGGAAACAGUGUGCAAACUAAUGUUGUUCAGCCACUGAAAAACCACGGUACGUUGUAUACCAUCCCUUCACUGAAUUACGGUCAGAUGCUUAAUACUUUUUAUCAGUCGGCAGGAAACGUCGACGGGAGAUACAGCUCUUUCAGGCUGGUUGUUAUCAAUGGAGAAAAUUUGAUGAAAAAUGUAACAAUUGUAAAACUGGCUAGAAAUGAGACCUACACGCUCUUUCCCUACACUGCUCUUCAGCUCCAAACUGACGGGACAGAAACUGCGGUUUAUUCUGAUGAUAGAGUGGCUGUGAUGUUGACCCAUCCUUGUGUAGAAACGGAAGAAUGCAGAUGCAACAUGGUGCUGAACCAACUUUAUCCUGACAGUUUGCAGGAUAGCAGAUUCGUCGUACCCUCAAUACUCAGCACCAGCAACUUUUGGCUACAUGUGACGUCCUCCGUGAAAACCAGUGCCAGUGGCGGGGGUCUAGGAUUGAGUACUUUGAAUGCAUAUUCCUCAGAACUCCUGGCCCUUCCAUCUCUGCAGUUUGAAUCCCAGUUCAUCAUUACAUCUUCUCCUGCUUCUCUUCAGCUUGUCGGUCCAGGAAUCAUCGUUGAAUUGAUCUCACAAUAUAUGUUCUCUGCGUGCUACCUAGCACCUGUCAGCUCGACAGAUGCCAAGGCCUUAAUCAUAGCAGAGACAAGCUACAAGGAUAGUGUGUAUAUGGAUGGUGAUUUGAUUUCAUCCACUGCAUGGAGCACCAUCGCCAAUUCGGUGUACUCAUCAGUGAUAGUGCCUCUUAAUGACACUCGUGUCAUCUGGCAUCCAUCCACAAAGAUUGCUGUGUAUGUGUUUGAGAUGAGCGCACAUAUGUAUGGUGGCCCUGCUAUACCUCUAAGCGAAAAGCCAGACUCUUCAGGCUGUGCGUUGGUUCCGUCUAAGUUUGACAUCAUCGUCACACCUCAAACCUGGCCUGAAUCCCAUCAGUACUGUAAGCUCAUAAGUGAUGAGCUAUUCAGUCCCAGCAGUGAAGCGGCUCAUGAGGAGAUGGCCAGCAUCCUGAGUAAUGAGAGUAUGAAUGAGAGGUUCUGGAUUGGCGUGCGUCGCAGACUGCUGGAUUUAGACUGGUACCGGCAGAAGGGUAACAGCUCACACGACUUGUCAUACACGCGGUGGGGAACUGGGGAACCAGGUGUUGCUGCGAAUGGCUUGUGUGCUUCAGUAGUCCCAAACCCAAGCAUGGAUUUCCAGUGGGAAACUACAAACUGCUGUACUCUACUGAAGUCUAUCUGCUACACAAGGCCUCAGUACUUUCCUCUGUAUUUUCCAAUCUCAGAUGAGGUCAAAUGAGACGGAUAGUAAUUCUAAUGUUCCAAAAAAUAAUGUUUAAUAAUAAAAACUGGCCAAAGAAAACAACUUGCCAGAAUUCAGUUUAUAAUUUAUAGCUGUAUACAUCAUGUAAUUACAUACUGCUAAUAUACAAACUUCAUUAACCCUCAUGUUAUGUUUCACCUAGAAAGUAUAUUCUUUUUUUCCUGAAAAUGCUUGUUAAUAUAAUUGCAUUACUAAAUCUCACACGGGGUAUAACUACUUCUCCAAAAAAAGGAUGUCCACACUGUUUAUCUAACAAUACUUUAUUAUUGUUAUUAGCACUUUAUAUUUCCAAAAUAAAGAUAUAUACUUUCAAAAAACAAAAAAAGUAAGAUUUUAGGAUACAUUAAAACAAUCUGCAUAUCAUUGUCUAGGAAGUUUUUUUACCCAAAUAAACCAACUUUCACACCUCA